UUAGCCAAACUAAAUCGUUCUACUUAAGUCCACUUAGUCCAAGUUAAUUUAAAUAGUUCAUUUCAGUACCUACCUCUCUACUACUACAAUGAGUAAUAUUGAGCUCCCGAACAAAACAGCUUUAUUUUUCUAUUCAGUGUGCAAGUACAUGUAUCUGUGCACAGUCGGCAACUUCUGGAGCCACCAGCUGAGCUGGUCCCGGCCCGUGCGGACCCUCAUGGACCGCUCCAAGCUCCUCAUUGACAUACUCUUGAACGCAUUCGUCAUUUCCUCACUCCUCUCAUUUUUCACGCAAAAAGAGCUGACGGAAAAACAGGCGUCUGACCGUCUGAUGUUCUGCAUCUCUCACCCUAUCCUCUACUUCAGCUUUCUCGUGUCGGUCUCUCUGUACCGAGCCAAGAUUAUAGCGAUAGUGGAGCAGUUAAGCCUGACUUUGAAAGCGGUGUACAAUGAUGAGGCGACGGAGCGUCAGAUGCUCGGGAGAGCCAAGCUGUUUGGAGUGAUAUAUUCUGUAUACGUGUCCAUGGUGUUUGUAACCUUUGGAAUUGACGGUAUCUUUCAAGUAGCUUGGAAAGGCCAGCCCUUCGUGACGGUAGUCCCAGUAUGGCCCGGUACGACAGACCCGAGCGCGGCGGCGAGCGUCGGGCGGGCAAUCCUCUACCUCCUGUGGGCUCUGUUCCUCGUCAGAACCUCCGCGAUCUACCUCCUGGUCCUUCUCCUCACCAUCUGCCUCAGCCACCAGUACACCAACCUGCAGGCCUACUUCCGCGACCUCAACCAGAUUUUCGAGACAGAUAUGGGACAGACGGAGAAGGAGGAGAAAUAUGAAAGGGAUUUGAAAAUUGGCAUCAGACUACAUGCCGAGACUUUGUGGUGUACGCAAGAAGCUAAGAAAGCGUUCAAGAUACUGUUCAGUGGUCAGAUACUUCUCAGCAUCUCCGUGCUAGUGUUGCUGAUGUUGCAAAUGAUGCAGAUGUCGUCUCGCUCGGUGGCGGGCGUGCUGGCGGUGCUGCUGCUGGCCAGCUCCGUGCUCUUCAUCACCGGCAUGUUCAUGUGGAACGCCGGCGAUAUCACUGUUGAGGCUGCGCUGGUGCCGGCAGCGAUGUACUCAUCAGGGUGGCAGCACUGCCGCGGCGGCGCGCGCCACCGGGUGCGCCGGACCCUGGCCGCCGCCAUCAGACAGGGGCAGGUGCCUGUGGUGAUCAAGGUCCUAGGUGUUAUAGACUUGUCAUACUCAUCGUACUUAACGAUCGUUAAAACUUCUUAUUCAGUGUUUUCGGUGCUAUAUUGAAGGCCAAAAUUAUCAACAAAGUCCAAGUAUCAUACCGAAUGGCUUUGGCUAGACCCGGUACAACCGGAGACUGGGACCC